AUCAUACACGUUUGGUGAGGAAGGACAGUCGCAAGGGCAAUACUUCGCAGCACAUCUCUCACGAAUAAAACUCAACACUGAGCGCAUCGAUUUCGUAGCGAAUGCUCCUCGCCUGCUCCACCACGUCCGGAAUGAGGAACUCUUCGAUCAAUGGGUUAUUAAUCAAAUGACCACAUGCGUGCAAGUGACUCUGUUGACUCUCGAUGGUGAGCUGUCCUCGAAUGAAGGGAAAUGCUUCCGUAUUGAAUACAGAGAUAGCAUGUAUCAUCGUUUUGCCGGACGCUUCGGGCUGAUGCCGGAUGAAAAGGAGGGUAUCCGCCGAACGGCUUAUAAAGGCGUCCUCAUAUUUCAUUAUAAAAAGCAUCGGAUAUUUCUGUAUGACAACUGGCCGUCAUCUCUCCCAUUGGCAUUUGCUAAGAAUGUUAC